GAGGAAGGCUGUUCUUCUCUGGUCUCAGCUCUGAGGUCAAACCCCUCACACCUGAGAGAGCUGGAUCUGAGUAACAAUGACCUGAAGGAUUCAGGAGUGAAGCUGCUCUCUGCUGGACUGGGGAAUCCCCACUGUAAACUGAAGACUCUGAGGCUGUCAGGCUGUGGAGUCACAGAGGAAGGCUGUGCUUCUCUGGUCUCAGCUCUGAGGUCAAACCCCUCACACCUGAGAGAGCUGGACCUGAGUAACAAUGACCUGAAGGAUUCAGGAGUGAAGCUGCUCUCUGCUGUACUGGGGAAUCCCCACUGUAAACUGGAGACUCUGAGGCUGUCAGGCUGUCUAGUCACAGAGGAAGGCUGUGCUUCUCUGGUCUCAGCUCUGAGGUCAAACCCCUCACACCUGAGAGAGCUGGACCUGAGUUACAAUCACCCAGGAGACUCAGGAGUCAGACUGCUCUCUGCUGGACUGGAGGAUCCACACUGCAGACUGGAGAAACUCAAGCUGUCAGGCUGUAGAGUCACAGAGGAAGGCUGUGCUUCUCUGGUCUCAGCUCUGAGGUCAAACCCCUCACACCUGAGAGAGCUGGAUCUGAGUAACAAUGACCUGAAGGAUUCAGGGGUGAAGCUGCUCUCUGCUGGACUGGGGAAUCCCCACUGUAAACUGGAGACU